CAACCAUAAAUACAAUUCAAACCCAAAAGCACUUCACUUCCUCUUCAAACUUCUCCCCACAAUACAAAGACCAACUCUUUUUCUGAGGGUCACUCAUCUCUCUCACUCUCUCCAACUGAUAAGGAGAGCAAAGAGAACUCUCUCUCUCUCUCUCUCUCUCUCAAAAAUAUAUACAUGUACAUGCAUACAUAUAUAUAUAUAUAUAUGUGGGCUUCUUGGAUCCACUCAAUUGCUAUUCCAACUUGUGCUCAAUGUUAAAACAGAAACCAUUCCCAGUGGCCCCAUUUGAUUGUUUUCAGAGUUUUCUUCAUUACCCACAACUGUUUUAAUGACUAUUUUCUUGCUGGCGUUUCGUUUCUGAGAAAAUUUUGGUGAUUUUCCUUUCUGGGUUUUUGGUAUUGGUGAUUUUGGGUUGUGGGUUAUUGAGUUUUGGUGACCUUGGCUUCUGGGUUUUUCUUAGAAUGAUGUCAAUGACAUGCCGCACUUUUGAUGGGAGAGCAGUGUUGGAUUUUGUGGCUUGUGGGUGUUCUUCCAAUGCUUUGUUGGAUCGUUAUUCGGUAAGGAAUUACUCAAAGGCAAACUCCAAGGGGAGUUGCAGAGGUUAUGGAGCUCGGCCGAAUCGAAUUCGGUGUGGAGUUUCUUCAAUGAAAACAGCUCAGACUCCAGUACCAAAAAUGGCAGCUGAGGCUCUGCUAAAUGGUGUUCCUCAAGGUCUUCCACAAGUCCUGAAUUUAACUAAAGAAUCCAGAAAGCCGGUUUCGCUGACAAAUUUGUUUGAAGUUGUUGCCAAUGACCUCCUGACAUUGAAUCAAAAUCUUCACUCAAUUGUUGGUGCAGAAAACCCCGUCUUAAUGUCAGCUGCCGAGCAGAUCUUUGGUGCCGGUGGGAAGAGGAUGAGACCUGCAUUGGCGUUUCUAGUGUCCAGAGCAACAGCAGAACUAGUUGGGUUGAAGGAACUUACCAAAGAGCAUCGGCGGUUGGCGGAGAUAAUUGAAAUGAUCCAUACAGCUAGCUUAAUACACGAUGAUGUAUUGGAUGAAAGUGACAUGCGACGAGGGAAAGAAAGCGUUCAUCAAAUGUUUGGUACAAGAGUGGCAGUUCUUGCUGGGGACUUCAUGUUUGCACAGUCGUCAUGGUAUCUUGCAAAUCUAGAAAACCUUCAGGUCAUCAAGCUCAUCAGCCAGGUUAUCAAAGAUUUUGCAAGCGGUGAGAUAAAGCAGGCAUCUAGCUUGUUUGACUGUGAUGUCGAACUUGAGGAGUACUUGCUUAAAAGCUACUACAAAACAGCAUCUUUAAUUGCUGCAAGUACCAAAGGAGCUGCUAUUUUCAGUGGGGUUGACAACUAUGUAGCGGAAAAAAUGUACGAUUAUGGCAAGAAUCUUGGUCUGUCCUUCCAAGUUGUUGAUGACAUAUUGGAUUUCACACAGUCCGCGGAGCAGCUGGGUAAGCCUGCUGGAACUGACCUCGCCAAAGGAAACCUGACAGCCCCUGUUAUAUUUGCUUUGAGGAAAGAACCAAAACUAAGAGAUAUAAUCGAUUCUGAAUUCAGCGAGACUGGUUCUCUCGACGAAGCCAUUGCAUUGGUUAAGGCUUGUGGGGGGAUUGAACAAGCACAAGAAUUAGCGAAAGAGAAAGCUCAUCUUGCAAUCCAAAAUCUCGAGUGUCUUCCCAAGACUGCUUUUCGAUUGGCGCUGGAAGAUAUGGUGAUGUUUAAUCUUCAACGGAUUGAUUAGCGGGCUAAUUUUUUUUAAUAGCCUUUAUAGACAAGAACACCUUAGGCAGAAGGAAGAAAGGUUAAAGAUUGAAAGCUUUCUACCGCUGCAAGCACUUUUGUGCACAUGUACAAAAAGUGCUUCUGGGUAAAGGUAUAUAUGCUAUAGCUGAAGCUCAUUACAGUGUUGAUUUAAUUACAGCUUCUUCAUAAAUUGGCAUAAAAAUGAAAUUAAUACUUCACCAUUGUUGGACAAUAAAAUUCUGAGGUCAUCAAUAAUUUUCACCAAAAA